GAGCUGCUAACGCACAUCCGCGAGGUCUCGGCGGCAGCACGAGCGAUGCGAGUGACGGGCUCCGUGGAAACCGACUAAGAACCCACGGACAGGACCGCUCGACCCGGCGCAGACUUGUUUCGGCAGGCGUGAGACGCGACCCAGCGCAGCGAGCAUGUCGGUGCUGGCCCUGCAAGAGUACGAGUUCGAGAGGCAGUUCAACGAGGACGAAGCCAUCCGAUGGAUGCAGGAGAACUGGAAGAAGUCCUUUCUCUUCUCCGCACUCUACGCUGCCUGCAUCCUCGGAGGCCGCCAUGUCAUGAAGCAGAGGGAGAAGUUUGAGCUGAGGAAACCGCUGGUGCUAUGGUCGCUCACACUAGCUGCAUUCAGUAUAUUUGGUGCCAUCCGUACCGGGAGUUACAUGAUGUACAUCCUGAUGACAAAAGGGCUUAAACAGUCGGUCUGUGAUCAGAGCUUCUACAAUGGGCCUGUCAGCAAGUUCUGGGCAUAUGCUUUUGUUCUUAGUAAAGCACCGGAACUGGGUGACACUCUCUUCAUUGUCCUGAGAAAACAGAAGCUCAUCUUCCUCCACUGGUACCACCACAUCACGGUGCUGCUCUACUCCUGGUAUUCCUACAAAGACAUGGUUGCGGGUGGGGGAUGGUUCAUGACCAUGAACUACUUGGUCCAUGCGGUCAUGUACUCUUACUACGCGCUGCGGGCAGCAGGCUUCCGGGUGUCGCGCAAGUUUGCCAUGUUCAUCACGCUGACCCAGAUCACCCAGAUGCUGAUGGGCUGCGUGGUCAACUACCUGGUCUACUCGUGGAUGCAGCAGGGUCAGGAGUGUCCAUCUCACAUGCAGAACAUUGUGUGGUCCUCCCUCAUGUACCUCAGCUACUUUGUGCUCUUUGUCCAGUUUUUCAUUGAGGCCUACAUUGGCAAGUCCAAGUCGUCAGCUGUGGUCGUGACAAAGAAGAGUGAAUAAGAAAACUAAAUGUCAUAAGGAGGUGGAAAUGGAGUGCAGGGACCAGUGAUGAGAGAGAAAGAUAGUUAGAUUGGGGGGAGGGCAUGGUUAAUGGGUUUGGAUGGGGGAGUGAGGGUCAAAAAGAUGGCUGGUAUUUGUGCUUGAGCGUUACUAAUGUGCAGAUCUAAAAAAAGCCUCACUGAAAGUGAUGUCUCCAUUGAGGGAUGCUGAUGAAGCAGCACCGCCAUGAUCAGAAGCCAUCACCACUUUGUCCACCUGAAGUUUAAGAGUUCCCUUUUAAAAAGUUCUUUAAACCAAAAAAAAGAGAAAAGAAUCACUAGAUUUUAAUGAACAAUCUGCCUAAGAAUAUGGUUGCUUGAUAAUUAAAGGAAAAUGGUAAAAAGAAUCGGUACUUAUGAAGGUGGAUGGAGUCAGUGUUUAUUGAGCCAUCGGAGUAUAUUUUUGUCUGUCAGUGUUUACGUUUCAAUCUGUCAAAGCUGAAAGAGUGUGUGUGGAGCUGAUGGGGUGAACGGCACUGUUUCUGUGUCUGAAACUGAAAUGUGAUUGUUAUUUUCUCAGGUUUAAGGCUGUGUCUUUUUUAAUAUGCAUAUCAAAACAAAGUAGACAUGAUUAACAUCAGUAUGACCGAUUUUCAUCCAGUAUGACCACGUGUUUGGGGAAAAAGAUUGGACUGAGAGACUCGGAUGAUCACGCUGCUCCUGGGCAAAAUGGGAAUCAGAUGCUGACAGUGCCCUGUUUCACCACCAGUCUUGCUCUUGUUGCUGACCACACUGGGAAAAGACUUGCCACUGAACCAACACAAAAAAAGGCUCUUGGACACUAAAAGCUUAAGUGGAGGACAGACAUGUUUAUGUUUAGUAAAAAAACAAUAAAAGAAUCUAAUUAAAACAAACAAAUUGUCAAAAUCUGCUGUACUGACUUUGAAAAUAGUAUGUAUCUUUAAUGGUGUCUGUUGUGCUAUUGUUCAUUUGCACUGUAUCAAUGUCAAAAACAAUUGUUGCCGAAAAACUUACCGUAUGAACAAAGAAUAUAAAAUUGUGACAAGUA